AUGCUUGCCCGCUCGCUGUUCCGAGCCGCAUCCAGCGUUCGCAUUGCGCGCUUCUCCGACGCCCCCACGAUGCACGGCACGACGAUCCUGUGCGUCCGAAAGAACGGCAAAGUGUGUCUGAUCGGAGACGGCCAAGUAUCGCUGGGUCACACCGUGGUCAAGCCUAACGCCAAGAAGGUGCGCCGCAUCGGCGAGCACAUCGUGGCAGGCUUUGCUGGCUCCACGGCUGAUGCUUUCACACUCAUGGAGCGCCUGGAGGCCAAGCUUGACGAGUACCCCGGUCAGCUCACUCGCUCAUGCGUGGAGCUGGCCAAGGACUGGCGAACGGACAAGUACCUCCGUCGUCUGGAGGCUAUCCUGAUCGUUUCGGACAUUAAUCAAUCAUACACGCUCACUGGCAAUGGAGACGUGUUGGAGCCUCAUGAUGGCAUCAUUGGCAUCGGCUCAGGAGGCACUUACGCUCUGGCUGCCGCUCGCGCCCUGAUUGACCAGGACUUGGACGCUGAGACGAUCGGUCGCAAGGCUAUGAAGAUUGCCGCUGACAUCUGUGUCUACACGAACGGAAACGUGGUUGUGGAGAUGCUAGAGGAGGGCAAGGACAACAGCAAGGAGGAGAAACAGGAGGAGUAA